AUGCAGUUUCUGAGUGAUCAACCUGCAGUUGCGUCCACCCCGGCUGCCCUGCCUGCCCUGCCUGCCCUGCCUGCCACCCCACUUCGCACUCCUUUGAGCCGCAAGGCAAAGACCACACACGCCCACGCCCACGCCGCCGGCAAGGAGCCGACCCCUCCUCCCACCGACAACGAGGCCGCCCCUUCUGACGAUGAGAAGAAAGGAGCCGCUGCGGCCACCCGUCGCCCCCGUGUGAGCGAGAUGAACCCCCCGCCUUCCCCCCGGAGGACACCAUGGAGGCGGCGUGUGCGCUCUCCAUUCACACCACCUUCAUCAAGGAGGUGCAGCGAACUCUCGACGCUUUUGAGGAGAAGUUGGCCGCGACGAACGAAGCCUGCGCGGCGAUGA